AACACAGGAUGUGUGCUAGGCACAUCCUUGCAAAUUGGUCAAAAGAGUAGAGAGGAUUGGAGAGGAGAAAUACUCUCUGGAGAUGUGCAAGGGCUUCUAGUGUUGCAUAAUUGAAUGACCAACUUGAUAUGCUAGACAAGCUUCGGGAUGGCAUAUGUAAAAGUUUACUCCACUAUAGAAAAGAAACCUGGUGCGGAGCUUAUUUCAAUUGCGAUAGGAAGUGUGAUAUAGUUGAAAACAAUAUGUAUGAGACUUUAAAUUCCUGGAUUUUGGUUGAAAGACGCAAGACAAUCAUCACAAUGUUAGAGGAAAUCAAAAUUAAGCUGAUGAUUAGGAUAAGUAAGAUGAGAGAGUUCUGUGAGACAUGGAUAUGUGAUAUCUCCCCAAUAGCAAUGAAUGUUUAUCAGGAUAAUUUAUCUAAGUCUAUGAAGUGUACUCCAAGAUGGAAUGGUGAAACAGGCUAUGAGAUUGAAGAUCCUAAAUACAAGCAUGUGGUAUCCUUAGUGAAUAUGACCUGUAGUUUCAGAGCUUGGCAGUUAAAAGGUAUCCCCUGUUGUCAUGCAAUUGCUAGUAUGCAUUUCAAGGACAUGGAACCUAUUCACCACAUUGCACACUGGUAUCGUAAUCCCACUUACUUGAAGGCUUAUUCAACCUUUAUCCGGCCUGUGCCAUGUAUGAAACAAUGGCCAUCUUCAGGCCACCCCCUAUUGAACCUCCCCUAUUAGAAACAUGCCUAGCAGACAAAAAAAAAGGAAAAGAGAGAAAACUAAACAUCCAAAAUUUGGGAAGCUUUCAAGGAGAGGUAUGGAGAUGACUUGUUCCCUUUGUGGUGUGUUUGGACACAACAAGAGGGGAUGCCCCAAUAAAAAAUCUGCUACUAGAAAUGUUGCUGCUGGGAAUGCUGCUGCUGGAAAUGCUACUACUGGAAAUGGCCGAGGAAGAGGAAGAAAAAGAGGAACUAGUAAUACUACAACAUCUAGUUCACAAUCAGCAAGAGGUAGAGGUGUUUCUGCAAUAGGUAGAGGGGUUGGAAGAGGUAGAGGCAGUGAAAUUGGGUUGUUUCAAGCAAGGAAUGAGUUCACUUCUUUUACUAGUGGAGGACAAAAUCCAAGGGUCAUUAGCACCGGAACUAAGACUAAGAGAUCUACAGCUUCAACAGAGGAAUGUGCUUACCAACCAAGAAGUACCGGCUUGAGGUGGAUGGGCCAAAAAGCCAUAAGCACAAGACAAAUUCAAAGAAAUGCAACAUCACAACACAAUCUUAGUCAAGCUAGUUCAUCAUCUCAACCAACGAAGAAGAAGAAAAAGAAAUGAAGACUUUGGUGUUGCUUAAGCUUUAUGUUUUGUUAAGUAUUGCUAUGGAUAACAAUGAGUUAUGUUCUGUAAAGUGUUGCUAUGUACAACCAAGUAAAGUGCUAUGUUUUGUUAAGUGUUGCUAUGGACAAUAAUGUAGUAUGUUUUGUAAAGUGUUUUUAUGGACAACCAAGUAAAGUGAUAUGUUUUGUAAA